CUAAACAAUAGGUUAGCAGGCGCCAGUAGCUUCCCGCUUGUAGCUAACAUAGCAGCUGUAUGAAACAAGUUCUGGCAGCUAACCGGUGAAGUCGUUUCAUUUGUAAUCCGCAAUGUAUUACAAUGUGUUUUUCUCUUAACGCUGGUCAUGUUUCUGAGCAUCAGAUAGGGAGAUCUGUGUGGAAUGGAAAAGCAGGCUGAUAUCUGAUCUGCUCCCUGUCUGUGUCUCUGUACUCGGACACAAUGCCAUGGGGACCUGCUGGACUCAGUGCACUGAGAUAUUCAGGAGAGAAGCCACCAGGAUCCAGAGAGGAGGAGGAGGGUCUAAGUACUUUAGACGGGGCACAACUGGAGAACAUUAUACAAUAGAGUUUGAGAAUCUUGUGGAGAGCGAUGAGGGUGAGAGUUCCCAAAGUUGUGCCAGGCCCAUCAGUGAGGAGGAGAUUGGCCAUCUGAAGGAACAGCGCUAUACUGCUAUUGCCGAUAAGCAGACACUGAUUGAUGAGAAGCUGAAUGCAGAGUUAGUGGCACAAGAGGAGAAGUUAAGGCUAGAAGAGGAGGCUUUAGUCACAGCUCAGCGCGAGGCUGCCAGGCUCACAAAGGAGCGAAAGCUAAAGGAGCAGCAGCUUGCACAGAAGAGAUGCGAAGCAGAGGGCAUCAGCUCACACCGAAAACACAGGCCAUCAGGGGGAGAUUUUGAAACAUACCUGCAGAGUGUAAAGGCUCAGUCGGAGGCGUUCCGCAGUAGCAGACUGUCCUCUGAGACAAAUCUAGUGACUCCUAACACCGAGAGCAGCUGGGAUUUCACCUGCAGAACUCGCUCCACUAAUGACGAUGCCACCUCGCUUGACCUCGAGUGGGAGGAUGAGGAGGGUAUGAAUCGGACAGGUGCUGCAUGGGAGCGAUCCAAGACAGAGGAGGACAUCCUGCGUGCUGCACUCGGUCCCACUGGUAAAGCGCUGGGCAGUGGACCAACCUCUGCUUCGGAGGACUCCAACGCUCUGGAAUGGGAGAAUGACUUUGUCAGUGCACAUGCUGAAGACAGUAGUGAGCAAUUUGAUGAGGAGUUUGAGGGAUUUGUUAAUCCAGUUCUGGACACUCCAUCUGAGGCAGAGUCUAAUGCUGACCAGCAGGACAGAUAAUCCCAGGCGGGAGUCUAGAAGUUGUAUUGAGUUUAUCACUUCACAUUGACACAUUCUGUACAUUUUUAUUUAGCCUUACUUAAGAUUGGUGUUUAAAUCAAGUGCAAUUUUUUCAAUUCUGGGAUGUUGCAGAAAUGUUUUCAGGACGCUUGUGAGGCUAUCAUAUGUGUUUAUAAUUUAGUCAUCAUAAUCCACUCAACUUUUUCUUUUUUUUCACCUUUAUCUCUACAGAGCGAGAUCAUGACCGCAUCGGUAUACCAGGCCUACCUCAUUAAAAUCAAGCAGGGGGACAAUAAUGCUAGAUGCAAUUUUUUGUAGCUUGCUUAAGAAAACUGGUGCCUGAUCUAUCCCAGUCAUCCACUCAUCACCAAGCUGUCUAGAAAUGCAGGGGCAAAAAUUCUCCCUGUGUCCAGUGUCUCUGGUCAUCAGCACACAUGUUGAUCUACAUAUUUUGUAUUGCUAAAAAAAAUACAGGCUGCAAGUAUAUAGUGGCAACUUCGAAAAAAUGCCUCAAUACCCUGUUUGUGAAAAUGUAAUGCAUACACAAGUGCUUUUAAAGUUUGAUGUGUACACAGGCAACACCUUUUAGUUGCUUGAUUUGUCUUUAUACCAAAUUCUGAUUGAAAAAAAAAAAAAACCGAGUCCAUAAUUGAACUGUAGUUUAGACGUAUCAAUAAUAGUUGUUGCCAUAUCCUGCACAUUAUUGAAAUAAAACCUUUUCUUUAUUUUUAAAAUAUGUUUACAAGCCAGAAUGCACUAUAUUAGAUCACAAUUAACGAAAAGCAACUGCCAUCAACGUUUAGCAAGUCUUUACAAAAAAUGGGCUAUACGUGUAAGGUGAAAUGUGUAAUUGGGCCUCUGUAGUACUUCAAUUAAUCCAAUUUAUUAAUGAAUUGUGGUGAAAAAGAUUUCUGUUGUUUGGCUAAUGCUUAUGAAUAUUGACCAUUUUACCAUGUUUAAAAAUGAACAUAAUUUUAUCUUUAAACAGGUUUAAACUAUUUUGUGCCUAAUUCUGACAUUACCCAUGCUGCACCUUGGGUUAACAGUGUAUUUAGAGCUUUAAUUAUUAAAUUUUUAUUUUUUAAUGUAAGGUUUGGUGUAACUAUCUAAGCCUUCCCAUAGUUGUUUUUUUUUUUAAGUCAUUGCCACUGGUUUGUGUAAAUUGACACUGCUAUUAUAGUGUGUGGCAUUUAAAAACCGUUUAGUAGCAUUCCAAACAUUAACUCUUUAAAUGUGAAGAGCUCAUAGAAUUGCACAUUUUUGUUCAUCUACAAAAAGGAGCACAUUUUAUAUCUCUCUGCAAACCUCACUGAAUGUGAAAACACGAUAUACCUGUAGUUUGGGGAAUUCUGUCCAUCCAGUUGAAUGCUAAUAAAAACAAAUCGGAUCUGAAA